AUGUUUUCCAAUCUACUCAGUGCAAUCACGGGAGCUCGUGAAGAGCCAGUCAUUGAAUUGACUCAAUUGGAAAAAUCAAAACUUUUAUUAAAACAAACUUUAACAUUUGAAACGUCUUUAAAGGCAAUGGAUUUUGUUCUUGAUGAUAAACCAGAACAAGGUUUAUUGUUGUUAGAUCAGGCUGAUAAUCAGGCUGACACUGUAGAAACAAGUACGGUUCUAGCAAGAGGUGUUAUUGAAUUCUUAGAGGCAACUUUAGGUUUUGAAAUGGAUGAAAUGAAAAAAGCUUCUGAAACUUUGGCAAGAGCUGAAGAAUUAUCUUUGAAAAGUAAAGAGAAUUCUGAAAAGUUAAAUCUAAAAUCAAGUUCUUCUUAUGCUCCAGGUACCUUAUAUGCAGUCACUUACACGGAAUCUUGUCUAUUGCAUGCUUUAUUAAUGAUCUUUAGUGAGAGUGUUAUUGAGACUGCAAAGGCUCUAUAUAAAUUAAGAAAGGUUUAUUUUAUGUUGCAAGAGAUUUUUGAAAAUAUGAGGAAAAUUGAAGAGGAGAAAAAAAAUAACUCAGAGACUAGUGAAUUCCCUUUUAUUGAUCUCCCAUAUGAAUUAACAGAGGAGGAAAAAAAUGAUGAAGAAAUUUCAACUUAUAUAGAAAUGAUUCAAGAAAUGAGAAAUGAAAGAUUAAAGGGAGAGCAUAUUGGUAACUCACCUUCAAAUGAAAGAUUUAGAGAUGAAUUAGGUUUAGCAGCAUUUAAAAAAUUAUCUUUGAAUAAUCAAAAAAAGACAUUUAGUGAUUCGAUUAAUGGUAAACAAGUUUCAACUGUUGAUGAAUUUAUCUCUUCUGGUGUUAGCUUAUGCUAUGGUAUCUUACAAGUAGUUCUUUCUUUGAUUCCACCUGCAAUUGGAGCAGUUUUAUCCGUUGUUGGGUUUAAAAGUUCAAGAAUUGAAGGGUUACGCUUAUUAUGGAAUGCUACUCAAUCAAGAAAUGUUCAUGGUUGCAUUAGUUUGUUAGGUUUAAUGCUAUAUUAUGAUGGUCCUUAUCAAUUCACUGAUUCAGAUUUCGAUAUUCCAGCAAAAAAGAUCACUCCUUCAUUAGAGAAUUCUGAAAAAGGAUCUGAAGAUGAAAAUGAAGUAUCUGAUAAAGUACAAAAAUCAAAUCAUACUACAGAUCUAAAUGCUGACUUGAGCGAAAUAGAUCAAUUAGAUGAAGAUACACUAUUGAAUGGAGGAAAAAUUUUAGAACAAGCAGUUUUAAAAACAAGAGCUGUUUUCCCAAAUAGUGCCUUAUGGUUGUUAAAUGAAGCUAAAUUAUUGGCUAGUAAUGGGAAAUUAGAAGAAGCUGUAGAAUUAAUGGAUUCAAUUGAUGUUACAACUAUUCAAAUGAGACAAGUUAAAGCUUUAUUUGUUUUCGAAAGAGCAAUUACCUUAGUUCAUUUACGUGAAUUUGAAAGAGCUGCAGAAGAUUUAUUGUUUUUAAUUGAUGUUAGUGAUUGGUCUCAUGCUUUGUAUUCCUUUUUUGCAGGGGCUUGCUAUUUAGAAUUAUGGAGAUGUCAUGAACUAGGAAUUGAAAAAUAUGAUAAAGCAGAAUUUUAUAAAGAACGUGCUACAGAGUUGAUUUUCAAAGCUCCAGAAUAUUUGGGAAAAAGAACUUUUAAACAAAGAAACUUACCCUUCGAUAAAUUUGUUUCUAGAAAAGUAACUCAAUACAAUCAAAUUAAGGAUUUGUUAAGCUUAGAUGAACCUUUAGAUUCAAUUGCUAAUUCGCCCGUAUAUGAACUUUCUUAUUUCUAUAAUAGUUUCAAUAGAAUGUCAUUAAAAAAUGUCAACAUAGCAAAGAGGGUUAUUACUGAAUAUCGUAAUCCAGCUAUUGAUGCAAAGGAUAAAGACGCAGAAUUAGUUAAAAAUUUCCUUGUUUCUUUGGUUUUAAGAAGAUUAGGUGAUAUCAAAGAAGGUUGUGAUAUUUUAGACGUUCGAGUGUUACCGGAAUUUUUUAGUCUGGUAAAUGGGAAAGUUGUCUAUGUCAAAAAAGCUGAAGACCCAUGGUUAUACCCAAGUGCCUUAUAUGAGCGUGCGUUAUUUAAUUGGAAACUAAAAGGCAUUGAUGGAUUAGAAGAAGAUAAAGAAUGGUUGACAAGGGCUAUUAAUUAUGCUGGAGAUUAUGAAUUAAGUACUCGUAUUGGUAUGAAGAUAAAAGCUGCUUUAGGUAGAGUAGAGCAUUCCCUUUCUUAA